UUGCAGGAGUGCUGGCAAAUAGUCAUAGGCCUCCCUGUAGGAAAUAAAUGGGCCGGCGCCUACUAGAUACGUGUAGUUGUCCAGUUGUUCAGUUCAAUGUUACGUGGAAAAACGAAUUGAUCAGUUGCAGUUGCAAGUGCGAAGUCCCCAGCCCCGAGUCGAGUCCCGAAUCCCCAAUCCCCCAUCCCCAGCCCUACCAUAUGUCCCCAAAGUGCUUAAUCCUAGGUAGGGUAGGUAAGGGUACAUGGCACUAUAUGUCCCAAAGUGUGCUAAAGUGUGCAAAAGUGUGCAAAAGUGUGCUAAAGUGUCCCAAACUUUGAUGUUCAAAAGAAAAAAAUCAAUUUAAUUCCAGGGCUAGCAUGCAGGUAUGCAGAUAUGCAGGUCACUUCCUCCUGCCCAAAGCUUUACAAAUGGCGGCCCAAUCAACGUCGUUAUUACGUGGUCUCCCUGUUGAGAGAAGUUCCGAGGAAUAGCAAAGUAGAAAAAGGGUCGCUAUUUCCAUAGUAUUUCGUUGUUGCUUCUUUUUGACCUUUUUUAGAGUUUGAUUGCCAAAACCACCCGGGCAUCUACCCCAUCUACAUCUAACACCCCCCAAUCUACCCAAUCUACCCGCUAAAAGACCCCCCCAAACUUUAAGGGGGAAGCUUAUCUAAUUAAUUUCAAUUGUCAUAUCCAUUUAGGAGCUUGGGCCACUUUCUAAUUCGACCGACUAUGGACACAUACAUAUUACCGCCUCCUCCCUGCGAAUACCCAUGUGAUCAAUCUCCCAGGACAUACGACAUCGUCGACUACAGACUACGUCGUCUCAUACCAUACAAGAUGCGUCAAAGAAUCACUUUCUUUCACAAAAAUGAGCAUGGCAUUGAUCCGGCUUCCUUGAAGAUUUCAGGUCGUUCUUUUUCCGGCCCGGAUAUCAUAGCUGAACGCGAGGAACGGAUUACCUUGGCUCUCGAGGAGCUUCCUGUUGAACUUCAAGAGCUGGUUCGGGGAUCCCGAGAGUUGUACCUACGAUGGCAAGCACCCGAUGCCUACGAAACUGUAGGCCCAUGGCCCUCAAGGAUACCCCCAGGUCUACAUAUCUUCUACACACCUGGUAACGGCGGGAAGCCUGAUGGCGAACGCCUAUGUCGCUUAUUUCGGGGAGCAUUUGGUUCCCUAGAUUGCUCCUCAUCGGAAUCAUUUACAAAACUACCGAGCGAUCGAUUCACUCAUUCAACUGCCUAUCAAUACUACAGCAUUCUAAACGACCUAUCCCAUUUCGCGUCGUAUCUAGAGCACAACAUCUGUGCUUCUGGCAAUCAAGAAUGUGUCACGCGAGCACAGCGAAUCGACAGUGCCUAUUCUGUGGACUUCUCUUACGAUGCAAUCUCUCAUGUAGUCAAGCUCACAGCUUUAUGGCCACGGGAACGACAACCGUUAUCUAUCGACUCGCAUCCACAACAUAGGUCCGAAGUGGGUAUAAUGACGCCGGACACACCACCGCAUCUAGAAUCACACGAGCUUGGUGUCACAGGCUUGCUCACUGUCGUAGGCGAGGACUCGAAACCGGCGCCGACCUUGUUCUCUUUCCCCUCACGCCACAAGACUGCCACCGACUCAACUUUCCUCUCCAGGUUCCUCCGUCCCUGGGGCUUGCAUCCAACGAUGCAAUUGCGCAUCAGCUCCAGCAAACCGCCGAUGGAGGGGGCGUCUUGUUCGUUACACGCGUACCUCACCUUACCCCGAACUGUAUUCGCCGAUAAGUAUCAGCUAGGGGAUGAGCUAUUCUUGGCGUCAAAAAACUUGACUGCGCUACGCUACAUCAGUAGGCCAGUGGAUCUUGAGGCACCGGACUACGCCAUGAGGUCUUGGGGUUCUAGUCUUCUUCUCGAGCUCCAGCCUCCCAACGUCAAGAGUGUUAGGGAUGACCAUCCCUGGACAGCAGAGAUCCCACUUCAUCUACGAUACUUGUCGCCUGGAUCACAAGGAUAUAAAGAUGUCAAAGUACCUUGGCCGGCAGUCUUCUGGGCUUGUACUGCCGAGGAUGGCACGAGGUUCCCGAAUAAUCCAUUCGACCGAGUUAAUCUAGGCUACGAUGGACUAUUUGGACCCCGUACCUUGUUUUGGCAUAUCAAUGCAAAACCUGAGGUAGGCGAGAACCUAUACCACAAAAUACAGGUUCCCGUCCUAGACUUGGCACGGGCCAAUGGAAUUAACACCGGGACAGCGACCGUGGUCCUGAUGGGUUUCUUUUUUGUAGUAUGGAAACUCAUCUCGGUCUGCUUAGGAUCGGGCUAUGGUAGACGAAGAAGUAGUAGAAAACUUAAAAGGAAGAGUCUGUAAAUUGCACCCAAGAGCAUCGUCCAGUCUCUAUCUACCUAGGUACUGGGUAGGUAUCUAGGCUGGUAAGGGGGAUGAUUGGUAGGGGGAAGGUAUGCUAUGAGGGUAAGGUGUUGUGGUAAAUACGAUGGGUCAUUGGAGUCAUGUGAUUGUGCUACUGGUUACUUGUGUUAUGGGGUCGCUUGUU